AGCAGAAGAUCUCUCCAGCCACACCUUUCUUCUGCUAUUCUCUACAGCAGUCUCUCCCACUCAUUAUCCAGUUUCAAACUAAUCAAAAUUCUGCCCCACAAUGUCAACUAGAGAUGGUCGAAUGAACAACUCUGAUCUUUUUAUUGAAGGGGCUUCAUUCCCAUACGGAGAUGCAUACCUGGAUCUCCAAAUUAAAGCUCCAAGUGAUUAGUGCAAGGACUAUUUUAGCCAUGAAUGUUUCAAUUAAUCCUAACUUGCUCAUCAAACCCACUUCUACCCCUUCCAGACGUUCAUAUCAUUUUUUAGGCACAGGACCUUCAUUGUGUAACGCUCGAUAAUACCUUAAUUCAUUCAUCAGGGUCGUAAAUAGUCCAAAUAAACAGUCAAGAGGCGAAGCGCCUAUCCCUGUGCUUGGACGCACCUCAAAGGAAGGAGCCUAUGAUAACUCAGUUCAUGCAUCUACUGUUUGAGUUGGGUAAAUCUUUAUUAGUUGGAUAGAACCUUCUACUUAAUUAAUGCCUUCAUUCAAUAUGGAAGUGCCAAAUUGGAAACACUGACUUUUCAAAGAAGAAAAGCAGCAUAUGCUUGUUCGAAAAGCCAGUUCCUUAUUUUUUCCAUUUAUAAAAGGGAGGAUAAAGUUCAAAAGAUCAAAACAACAACCUAAAAAUUCCACCAAAAUUGUGAGAUGGCAGAAGUGAAAUUGCUUGGUCUUUGGUAUAGCCCUUAUAGUAACAGAGUUGAAUGGGCUCUCAAGCUGAAGGGAGUUGAAUAUGAGUUUAUAGAACAAGAUCUACAGAACAAGAGUCCUCUGCUUCUUGAAUCCAACCCUAUUCACAAGAAAAUUCCAGUGCUAAUUCACAAUGGAAAGCCCAUUUGUGAGUCUACGGUCAUUGUUGAAUACAUUGAUGAAACGUUCGAAGGCCCUCCAAUCUUGCCCAAAGACCCUUAUGACCGAGCUAUAGCUCGUUUCUGGGCUAAGUUUUUUGCUGAAAAGGGGCCAGCAGUUGGGAGAAGUUUCUUUCUUAAAGGAGAGGCACAAGAGAAAGCUAAAGAGGAAGUUUAUGAGAUGUUGAAAGUUGUUGAUAAUGAGCUCAAGGACAAGAAGUUCUUUGUGGGUGACAAAUUUGGAUUUGCUGAUAUUGCUGCAAAUGCUGCUGCUCUUUGGCUGGGAGUUCUUGAAGAAGCAUCUGGAGUUGUUUUAGUGACAAGUGAAAUGCUUCCAAAUUUUUGUGCAUGGAGAGAUCAAUACAUUAAUUGCAGCGAAAACAAGAAAUAUUUGCCUUUGAGAGAUGAGUUGCUUGCCAAAUUGAAAGCACGCGUUCAACCUGCAGGUGCUCCCAAGUAGACACGUUUUACUUACGUGUAAUUUCAAGUUUUUGUGUGGCAAUAAAACUACCUACUGAAGAAAAAUAGCUCAUCCUACAAGUUUUUGUAUGGCAAUAAUGCAUGUGACUUGUAAUUUCUUCUAGCAUUUAAGUGAUAAGAUCAGUCAUCUUUUUGUCUUCA